AUGAAAGGUAAAGGCAAAUCGACCGAUGCGCCCAAAGGGGGAAAAACUACCAAAAGGGCCAAAGUGGAGAGACCCACCGAAACCGCGAAAGGAAAAACACAGGGAAAUAAAAAAAGAAAACAAGGAAAGGCCCGGAAGGGGAAGGAGCCCUCCAGCAACGAAAGUGACGAAAGCGACGUGUACUUCUACAAAGACCUCCAGAGAUGGAAAAAUAAUGUGAAAGUACCAAUAUGGCUGAAGAAGCCAAAGGACAAAGAAUCGCUAAACGAAUUUUACAAAAAUGUGAUAAAAAAAUUGUUACGAGUGAAAAACAAAAUAAGGGCCUACCAGAUAGAAGAAGCGUACCUGAUAGAUUGUCUGCGAAAAUGUCUCAUGGACCUCAAUUUAAAUUCGAUUAGGUCCCUCGAUUGUGAGAAUUACGAAAUGGUUAGGAGGUUGUGUGCAGGUGGGUGCAGCGCUUUCUCCAAAAGUGAUGGAAAGAACGGAGAGAAAGAAGAAGAUGAAGAAGAUGAAGGUAAAUGUUAUAAGCGCACAAAAGAGGAAGCAGACCCAGGGGAUAGCCAAAAAGACAGCCUCCAUGAACCCACCCUCAAGGAUGACAGCUAUGUAGACCAUACUACCCACACCCGUGUGAACUGCGCGACAGACAAAGUAACCCCUCCAACUGGAGAAAAUGUUAACAGCUUGGUAGAAAGCUUGAAGAACGCCCUGUCGGUGGAGCAGGGAGACCAGAAGAAAGACCUAAUGAGACACGUCUUUAACAAGGUAAUCAUUCCGGGGGCAUUUUUCGAAAACAAUAACUUCUGCCCCAUUUUUAUGAACCUGCUGAAGCUGGACAUAUACAAUGCCUGCUGCGUGAGCGGUGCAGAGAUGGGUCCCAAGUUGAUGAGUCUCAUUCAACUUUUGAAUAACUUUGAUGAGGGGGUGAAGGAUGCCGCGGGUAAGGGGGCGGAGCGGGAAGGCGUUCCCAGUGGUAGCAGUGUUGGUACACAAAAGGGGGAUUCCCAACAGGGGGACGCCCAACUGCGCAGCAGCCCCCACAACGAAGGAGACAACUCCUACCGGGAAGAUCGCCUCUUUUUCCAAAGCCAAACGUCCCUAUUCAAGCUAUCACAGUACUGUAUAGAAAAGGGCGUCGUGGCGAACCAGCAAGUGGCUUCCUUUGACACCAUCUACAUCUACAGCGAGAAGGAACCCCAGAGUGCAGACAGCCAAUCGCAGCGGGACAGUCACAAGGGAAAGCAUAAGAAGAAAUUACGCCCCCUUGGAAAUUUAAAAUAUUCUCUCGACACUACAAAAAAGGAAAACGAAUCUUUGCAUUUCAUUAAUGAGAGAAGAGCCAUCCUGGAAAAUGAUUCUACUCGGAGGGGCCUGAGCCAGUGUGGCGGUUCGCAUGAGGAGGGAGCGGCUCUGGCCAACGAGAGUGUCGAAUCUGUGAAGGCGAAGGAAAGUUCAUGUGGGGGAGAAGUGCUAGAAAUUUUAAGCCACUCUGAUGAGAAGGAGGAGCUGCAAGAUGGGGAGAUUGCUCCUGUGGAGGAAGAGGCCAUUCAUGGAGGGAAAGAGGCCAUCUCUAUAGAGGGGAGUGCACACGAAACGGAGCAAUCCUUUGACAGCGCGGUGAGCAGCGUGAAGGGGAUAAGCAAAUUCGAUUGCGGAGGGAGCCACCCAAAGUGCCGCUCAACAGAAGGCGCUAAAGAAGACCCCCUCAAUUAUUUACAAAACGAUUGGCCUGAAUUCGAUGAGGGGGGAAGCGCAGCAGGACGGGGGGGAUUAGAGGAAGGGUCGUCCCUGCGUGGAGGUGACACCAAGGGGGGUGAGGCGCCACGUGAAGAAGCGCCACGUGAGGAAGCGUCACGCAAGGCAACCCCACCCACAGGCGCAGAAAUUUGUAGGCUGUAUAAAGAGAGCGAACCCGGGCGGGGCAACCAAAUAGAUGAAUCCCCCCUGCAGGUAGCUCAACCAAGCAGCCACAGCAAUGAACGGAGUACGAAGCUAUGUAAGAGGAAGCUACCCCAGAGUGACCACAGCAGCGCAGACGAAAGGCAGUCCGUCCAAUUCGACACCUUUGAGCUUUUCAUGGUUAAUGGGAAAAUUAAAAAAAAGAAAAAGCAGCACAUUAGUAACGAGUUUGAGCAUGUCCCCAUCGAGGUGAGGAACUCCCUUGGGAAGUGGCACGACAGUAGGUGUAGCGAUUUUACGGGGGCCCACGUGAGGGCCCAGUUAGAGGGAAGCGACGUGGAAAGGGGUAGCAGUCCCCCAGAUGGAGAGAUCUUUGCUAACCGGGGAAGUAGCCCCCCAGAUGGAGAGAGCUUUUCUAACCGGAAUGCCCACAUAACACCGUCCAUAGAAAAGAACCCGCCUAGCGCCCGCCCCCCGAGCGGACACUCCCAAACGUGCCAAGACAGCGACACGUCCGUCAUCAUACAAAUGAUUCACUACAACAGGAAAGAGGAUUCCGGUUCGGAUGGAGGGGGAGUUAAUCUGGUGGAGAAGUUGCCCCCCAGCGCAGCAAGGCCCAAGUGCGGCGCAGCUGUUUCGUCUGAUUUGGCGGAAGAGAUGGAAGGAGACCCGUACGGGGAUGCGGAUAAGGCAAAGGACAAGGACCCCAGAUCGGUCGUAGGCCGCUUCUCUGAUGAUGCCAGCGCAAGUUGCGUUGUCAAUGUGAAUGACUAUUGGAAGGGCGACGGUGCGGAGUGCCUCCCCCCGAGGGUGGCUCCCCAUUCGGAGGUCAUCGUUUUGGAGGACGACGAUGAGGAGGGGAGCGCAGAUAAUGGCGUAAUCGGCGGCGUAAGCGGCAUGGGAAGUGUAAAGGGAAGCGGCAUGGAAAGUGUAAAGGGCAACGUCAUGGAAAGUGUCCAGGGAAACCACGACAGUGCGCGCAACUGCGAAGGCGCCCCGCAGACGGACGAACGCACACCCUGGGUGAAUCCCCCCCGAAGGGAUGAAGCAACCGCGGGCAUCUCGAUCGAGCAACCCAAGAUAAGAGAAACAGAAAGAAGGAAAGAACUCUCCAUCCUUAACCUAGACAUUAACAAGACGAGCAACGUAGUGCUGGAGGGUCUUAUGGAAUUCUUCGGACUGAAGAGCAAGAGACUGUCCCGAAAGAUCCUAAUCGCAGAGUUGACCCGAAUACAGAGCUACCUGAAUGAACAGUAUGGGCAGAUGGCGAGAGAAUACCACCCUCCGAUGGCCAUGCAAAAGGAGCAUCCCAAAUUGGGGAAAGGCAAAGCUGUUGAGGGGGGUUACCAAACGGAGAGUAGCCUUCCUCAUCGUGAUAGGGCAGAGGGGGGGGAGAAGAGUCGAAUGUGCACCACCGGGGGUAGUGCUACUGUGCGUGAUUCGAUGGGGGUCCCACUGGGGGAUGUGCAUGCAGAGGUACACCCCUUCUUCGAGCAUGAAGAGUGGUUCGACGGGGCUCCGGUAGGGGGGGGAAGUGCCGACCGGGUGGGUGCCACGCGUGGGAUCUCCAACCAGGUGAGUACCACGCAGGGGGGUUCCAACCAGGUGGAUGCCACGCGUAGGACUCCCCCGCCGCUCAACGACGAGGAAGCCAAAUCGCAGGAGGACUACCUAAACCGCAUGAAAAAAAAAAUAAAGCAGAUGGAAUUAAAGUCGCUGUUUGAAAGAAUCGAUGAGGCCAUUGGCGUCAACGAGGUCCUCCACGACCACAUAAAAAGAGACAGACAAAUUGAGUACUCCCUGUUGAAGAGGUACCUAGUCGACUGCAAGCUCAGCGUCAACCGAGAAAUUGUGAUGACCUACUGCAGGGAGAAGCACAUUCAGGUGGUGCCCAAGAAGAAGGCCAAGGUGUGA